UAUUUGGGGUCGUACAUCCGGGAAUCUUUCUCUUUCCUCGUCCAUCCAAAAUGGCGGUCCAGGUUUCCAAAAAGAGGAAGUUCGUCGCGGAUGGAGUGUUCAAGGCUGAAUUGAACGAGUUUCUGACUCGUGAGCUGGCCGAGGAUGGCUACAGCGGCGUGGAAGUCCGCGUCACCCCCACACGGACCGAGAUCAUCAUCCUAGCCACCCGCACACAGAACGUUCUAGGCGAGAAGGGCCGCCGAAUCCGCGAGCUCACCUCGGUGGUACAGAAACGGUUUGGCUUCGCCGAGGGCACAGUUGAGCUGUAUGCAGAGAAGGUUGCCCAGCGUGGUCUGUGUGCCAUUGCGCAGGCUGAGUCUCUUCGGUACAAGCUACUCGGUGGUCUGGCUGUCAGAAGGGCAUGCUAUGGUGUGCUGAGGUUCAUCAUGGAGUCCGGCGCCAAGGGUUGUGAGGUUGUUGUGUCGGGUAAGCUGCGUGGACAGCGUGCCAAGUCCAUGAAGUUCGUGGACGGUCUGAUGAUCCACAGCGGUGAGCCCGCCAACUCCUACGUGGACUCCGCUGUCAGACACGUCAUGUUGCGCCAAGGUGUCCUGGGGAUCAAGGUGAAGAUCAUGUUGCCCUGGGACCCGACUGGCAAGACUGGCCCCAAGAAACCCCUGCCUGACCACGUCAGUAUUGUGGAGCCUAAAGAUGAGAUCAUGCCAUCAGGUCCAUCGUCUGAGCAGAAGGGUGAGAAGGGCGCCCCGGCCCCAGCUGCAGCCGCCGCAGGUGCACCUGUCCAGCCAGGUGCCAUGGGGGCACCUGCCAUGGGCGGGCCUCCAAUCUGGCACCAGGAGGAGAUGCCACCACCUCAAUAAACAACAAACACCUGGACUAGCAGCAACUAGAGGCUGCUGAGACAUUACCAAUUCUGGAAAAAUAAAGAAAACUAUCCUGUCUCAGU